CAAAGCAUAAAAAUCGUAUUUGACAACAAACAAGCUGGCGAAUUUAAAAUGAAACACACGGCGUUAAUAUGUUUAUGGGUGUUAUUUAGAUCUGGAACAGUACUUACUUCUGAUUUCCAUGAUGAAUAUCCUCAGAUUGAAAUUAGCGAUGGCAUUUUAAAUGGAGCUUAUUUGAAAACGAACAAUAGAAGAAAAAUUUGUGGAUUUACGGGAAUUCCAUUUGCUAAGCCACCAAUUGGAGAGCUAAGAUUCCAGGCUCCUGUACCAAAUGAUCCUUGGACAGGAGAAAGAAAUGCAACGGGAGUUCACGCUGAAUGUCCUCAACGUGACGUCUACUCUAGGUCGAAAGUUAUUUCAGGAGAAGAAGAUUGUUUGUAUUUAAAUGUCUACACUCCGAAGUUAUUGGAUUUUGAAUACGAUCUCUUGCCAGUUAUGUUUUGGAUCCAUGGAGGAGGUUUACUGUGCGGUAGUGGGAAUAUAAUUCCGUAUCAUCCCUCUACACUGUUAGAUCGAGACGUUGUUUUAGUAACCACGAAUUAUAGAAUAGGUCCACUGGGAUUUUUUGCCACAGGUGAUGAUGUAGUGCCAGGUAAUAAUGGUUUAAAAGACCAAAACCUGGCUUUACAAUGGGCGAAGAAAAAUAUACAAAAAUUCGGAGGUGAUCCGGAUAGAAUAACUCUGUUUGGAGGAUCUGCUGGUGGAACUAGCGUAAGCUUCCAAAUGAUUUCUCCUUUGAGUAAUGGACUGUUUAAUAAGGCUAUUAUACAAAGUGGGACGAGUAUGUGCCCAUGGGGGCUGAGCGAAAACGAUGAAACGAUCAAAAAUUCAUUUAAGCUAGGAAAAGCGCUAAAUUGCCCGACAGAAUCUAGCCAAGAUAUGGUAGAAUGUUUAAGAAAAGUAGAUGCACGAACUUUUAUUGAGCUUGAUGACAUAUUUAAACUUUGGGACUACGAUCCAAUGAUUCCAUUCAAACCAAUAAUCGAGCCGAAAUCGACAAAAAAUCCAUUUCUUCCUGAUCAUCCUUUAAAUAUAAUCAAAUCCGGGAAAAGCGUGGACGUUCCAGUUAUAAUUGGAGUUACUUCUCAAGAUGGGGCACUUAAGACCUCAGGUUACAUAAACGAAAAUCUCUUGGACGAAUUCGCUGAAAAAUUCGACGAAAUUCUUCCAGUAUCUUUGUUUUAUAAUCGUACAGAAAAGGAUUACCAAAAAAUGACAGAUAAAAUUAAAAAAUUCUAUUUUAGUGGUAAAAAAAUUCAGGAUUCGAUCAAGGUCGUCACUGAUUUGUAUUCUGAUGGUUGGUUCUUCAAAUGCGCUGACGAUUUAGCAAGAUUGUAUACAAAAUAUUACAAGCAACCUGUAUAUUUUUACAAAUUUGGAUACAGAGGCAGCUCGAGUCUCUCGAAAUUUUUUGGAGGCGGUGAUGUUGAUUACGGGACAGUUCAUGGAGAUGAACUAAUGUACCUGUUCCCGUUUGAUAAAACCGUUUUUCCAGAUGAACCGCCUACAGAAAAUGAUAGAAAAAUGUCUAAAAUCAUGAGGACACUUUGGACUAAUUUCGCUUAUACAGGAAACCCUACCCCAAAAACUUCGAAACUCGUUCCAGUUAAAUGGCUACCUUACACAUUAGCAAAUGAGGAUUAUUUCCACAUAGAUAAUGAUGGGCUAUCAAUGCAAAGCCAGUUUUUUAAAGACAGAGCUGAAUUCUGGAGAUCGUUGAAUGAUCCACUGCUCGAAACUGCCAAACAAAUUAGAGAAGAGUUGUAAUUUUUUGUAAUAAUAAAUCUGUUUUCAUAAAAUACAUCUUUU